AUGGUGAAUGGCACGAGCUGUCUUGAGACAUCUGCCAGGCACAGGAGGGGUCUCCGUGCCCUGGGUGCUGAAGGGGUGUCCUCCUAUUGCAGGAGCAUGGAAGGCCUUUAGGACCCGGGGGAGGCAGGCUCUGCGUGGCCGAGGCGCGUGCACCCAGCCGCACACACACCCGCGCGGUCCCUGCCCAAAAAAGCACAGCCUCCAGGAGCCCCGGCCCACUCCUUCGCCGCUCCUGGGGAAGAAGCUCUGGAGCUGAGGCGCACCAAGGAAGGCGACCUCUCCGCCUCCCUGAACCCCUCUCUCUGCCUUUGAGGCCAGCAUCCCUGCGGAGGACCUCACCCGAGGCGGGGCUGCGCGGGGUUCCAAAGAGAACAAUGAUAAAAGAAGCUUAUUUCCCUGGAUGGAUAUCUAGGAAUGAGAACUGAAAGUGAGAGCUCUAUGUGUGAAUAUGAAAGAUAUGUUUCAGGACAACGCAAACAGUUAAAUGCCCUUGAAUGGAUGUUAGUUGAAUGGGACGAGUAUUUCAUCUGAUUACAUUUCUGAAAUUAAGGAUUUGGAAAAGGCUUUUGUAAAGAUGACCCAUUUACAUGCUGGACUCAGUCCAGAGACUAUCGAGAAAGCCCGUCUGGAACUCAAUGAAAACCCAGAUGUUUUGCAUCAGGAUAUCCAACAAGUCAGAGACAUGAUCAUCACUAGGCCUGACAUUGGAUUUUUACGUACAGAUGAUGCCUUCAUCUUGAGAUUUCUCCGAGCCAGAAAGUUUCACCAAACAGAUGCCUUCAGGUUACUGGCUCAAUACUUCCAGUACCGUCAGCUAAAUCUGGAUAUGUUCAAAAAUUUCAAGGCUGAUGAUCCAGGGAUAAAGCGUGCCCUGAUUGAUGGAUUCCCGGGGGUGCUGGAAAACCGCGACCACUGUGGCAGGAAGAUUCUUCUGCUCUUUGCAGCCAACUGGGAUCAGAGUAGGAAUUCUUUCGUAGACAUUUUACGGGCCAUUCUGUUGUCCUUAGAAGUUCUCAUUGAAGAUCAAGAACUUCAGAUAAAUGGCUUCAUUCUAAUUAUAGACUGGAGUAAUUUCUCCUUCAAGCAAGCCUCCAAAUUGACACCUUCUAUCCUCCGACUGGCCAUUGAAGGCUUACAGGACAGCUUUCCUGCUCGCUUCGGGGGAGUCCAUUUUGUGAAUCAGCCUUGGUACAUCCAUGCCCUGUACACGCUCAUCAAGCCAUUCCUCAAAGACAAGACAAGGAAAAGGAUCUUUCUUCACGGAAACAAUUUGAAUAGUCUUCACCAGCUUAUACACCCUGACUGCCUGCCCUCAGAGUUUGGAGGGACCCUUCCUCCUUACGACAUGGGCACAUGGGCUCGGACAUUACUUGGUCCAGACUACAGUGAUGAGAAUGACUACACUCACACGUCCUACAAUACCAUGCACGUGACGCACUCAUCUUCCACCGUGGAGAGAGAAUGUUCACCCAAACUCAUGAAAAGGUCUCAGUCAGUGGUGGAACCUGGAACGCUGAAACAUGAGGAACAGCAUGAGAAUGAGAAUACCCAGCCACUCCUGGCUCUGGACUGAGUCUGAAUUCAUCGUGAAACACAAAUGCAUUAUCAGACUUUCAUGGUGCAAAAAAACCCAUGAAGCAAAAGACAGGUUUAAUACACAUCAACACACAUUCAGCUUGAAAGCCAAGCUCUCCAUCUUUGCAGAGCAAGUACAGAUCAUCACCAGCCAUAUGUUGAUGUGGCCAAAACCAAAGAGGAGAUUCCUCAUGGCCCAGAGUUUUAAGCUAAAGAGUUUGAUUGUAAAAUAUAAGUUUACCCUUCCCCCUUUCUUUCAUGACAUAUGAGUAUUAAGAAUGGUUGCCGCUUAGGGGAGGCUACUUUCUGUGAUCACAUACUCAAGAUGCAUCAGUUGAGGUUUUCCAGUAUUGCUUAAGCAGGGAUUGUCAAAAUCUCAGAGUGUAGGAAAGAGAGGGAAAUGAAAUAGAAGGCAUCUUGAAUGUAUUAUUGUAACAACAGGCGUAACUCAUUUUGCAGCACAUCGAUAGUGGCCAUGGGCGAUCAGUUGCAACAUAUCUGGAGCGCACCUGAUUGGGGAAGGAUUUAUUGCAGAUUCCUCCAUUUUCUGUACUUCCCAGCAUUUCCCUUUUACAUAAAUAAAUAAACAAUGCUAAGCAAUCACCAGCAGAAAUUUGUUCAGCUCUCCAGUAUGUGAUCUUAUCACCUGAACUCUUUCCAGGGAUCACUUAUUUUGGUCCAGGGGAAUGGGACCAUUCUUAACUUUUGGAAGCCCUUAUAACCUGUCUGCUCAAUGUGAUGAGAAAACUGGGAUGCAGACACAGGUAAUUUGGAAAUCAAUUGUUUAAGUUUAACAAUAUGGAUUGUUCUCUACUUCAUGCACCCUACAGACAACAGCACUGGGUAGAAUAGAUGUGGUAGUGGCAGUAAAGGCAAAAAGGAGGCAUUAGAGCUCAAUGGAAAUACUAUUGGUGAUUAAUGUUCCACUCCAGGUUCUUUCAUUUAGGUCACUUCAACAAAUGAAAGCUCAGCAGAGCUGUUUAACCACCUUCUCUCCUGCAAUCAGCUAAAGGUAUAGCCAGAGGGCUUGGCUGACUGCAGAUACAGGCCAUGCUUAUAAUGGAAAGGGAAAACUCGCAAUGAAUUAUUCAAUAUGCCUCCAUUAGAAUGAACUGUGGGAAAAGAAAAGGGGGAAAAAGUGUAGAACUGAAAUGCCAAAGAUCAGUUUGCCAUUCCUUUGCUCUAUUUGCAGAAACAACAACACCCAUGCCUACACUGAAAUGAAAA